AAGCACAUAGAGGCGGCACAGGAAGAAGUUUGAACAUGGCGGAUAAAGAGAAGAAGAAGAAGGAGAGUAUCUUUGACUUGUCAAAGUACAUCGACAAAACCAUCAGAGUAAAAUUCCAAGGUGGACGUGAAGCGAGUGGUGUCCUGAAAGGGUUUGAUCCUUUACUCAACCUGGUGUUAGACGGUACAAUCGAGUACAUGCGUGACCCAGAUGAUCAGUAUAAGCUGACGGAGGAUACUAGGCAGCUCGGCCUCGUCGUGUGUCGAGGGACGGCUGUCGUCCUCAUCUGUCCUCAAGACGGCAUGGAGGCCAUUCCCAACCCCUUCAUACAGCAGCAGGAUGGCUAACACACACAGGGACUGUGUCCGUCUUCUACAAGAAGAUUCAGUUGAGCAAAUGUUUGUGUUGCGUCCAAAUUUGUGGAUGUCAGAAGUCAUCAGGUGUAACAUAGUGAGUUUUGUUCCUGGUCGUAACUUCACUCAGGAGAUCUUUUAGUUUGUUUUUCUAAAUAUGGGUUUGAAUUAAACUGUAUCAAGGCAUGCAAUCUCUUUACGUAUGACUGCAUAUAGUGCUAACUUUAUUUUUACUCAUUAUUUUAAUAUUAUAAUUAAAUUGGACGUUGAUAAGA